AGUGCUUGAAACUCAAAUAUUUAUUUGGUGCUCUUGCCUUUACCUUUGCACCCCUUUCCAUUCCGGAUUUUAGAGGCCAGUGUAAGUGCACAGGAGCUACACAGGAAAAGAGCCCUGUUAGAGGAACUUGCUGUUUCCAAGCUGCUCUUUCUGGAGAAGUCAGCAAGAGCCGACAGACAAACAGGCUUCUGAGAGAGCAAAGUGUGCUGUACUGGCUUUAGUGGCCCACAGCACCAGCGGGAUAGCAUCAGCUCUGUAAACUGACCAGGCACUAUCCCAAAGAAGACAAGACAGCACAGCCUGCUACCGUGAUAACAAAACAAAACGAAAAGCCCGCUCCAGGAGCUUCAGAAGGAGCAAACACUUCCGGAGCAAAAAAAACAAAUAAAAACCGGGCCAUCUGAGCGGUUGAGAGCAGCGCAGAGCUCCGGUCCGGAGGAGCAGCCCUCGGCCGCCCCGCCCCAGGUCGGCCAUGCGGUUGCCUCACACGGCGGCCCGCCUGCUGCCACCGCUCCGUGAGGGGGUCGCUCUGCAUCCGCGACGCGGAGCCACACGGACACCGGAGCAGUUCCUCUCUCCGAAGCUGGAAAAUAAAACCAAAGGGAAGCUCCAAAAGCAAGUCUGUCAAGUUGUUCUGGACCACUUUGAGAAGCAGUACUCGGCAGAGCUGGGAGAUGUGUGGAGCAGCGUCAGAGAUGUACUCACAUACCCAUCGUGCUGGCAGCACGCCGUCCUGCUCAACAAAUUCAGCCACGCUGCUGACCUGGAGGACACCUUGUGUGCACAGGGAUAUCAUCCUGCCUUCAGUGCAACUUUGCCCUAUCUUCCAAGAUCACUGAAGUGUUACGUCAGUAGAACUCCGGGGAGGUUCCCUUCACAAAAACAUCAGACGGGUAGACUGAAAGAAUAUUAUCUACUCAAUGCUGCUUCUGUGUUACCAGUGCUGGCAUUAGAGGUGAAGGAUGGGGAAGACGUUUUGGAUCUCUGUGCUGCGCCAGGGGGUAAAUCGAUUGUGAUUCUACAGUGUGCCUCUCCAGGUCAAUUUCACUGUAAUGAGUACGACGAGUUGAGGUUCAGGUGGUUGAGACAGACAAUGGAAUCCUUCAUCCCACAUCCUCAGUUUGACUUAAUAACCAUCUCUAACCUGGAUGGUAGACAGAUUGGAGAACUUAAGCCUGAGUUCUUUGACAAGAUCCUGGUUGAUGCUCCUUGUUCAAAUGACAGAAGUUGGUUAUUCUCUUUUGAUAUUCAGCAAGCUACGCUUAGGUUACUACGAAGGAGAGAGUUGUCUGUUCUGCAGUUCCAAUUGCUAAGGUCUGCUAUUAAAGCACUGCGUCCCGGUGGAUCCCUGGUCUACUCUACGUGCACUCUCUCAAAGGCGGAGAACAGCGAUGUAAUAAAUCUCAUUCUAAACUCCUGCUCUAACGUUAUUCCUGUAGAUAUACGUGAAAUUGCCAAAGCUGUUUCCCAGGAAUUCACUUUUCACAGUGAUACACAACAGCAUGAGCUUCUGGUUCUGCCAGAGAAAGGGAGAGCGUGGGGCCCAAUGUAUGUGGCUAAAUUAAGGAAAAUUCAGUCCACGUGAUGCCUGUUUCACUGAUUAGUGAAUAAGCCGUAUUUAUUUCUACUGUGCUGUGUGUGUUUGAACACGUCCAAGUCAACCGAAUUUAGAGCUUUGAUGUUUUGUAUAUGCAGCUCCCUAAUAAGAUGUAAAUGAAAUGUAACCUGGUUACCUGAAAAUACAAAAUGUGUUUUUUAAUACAAACUUGGGGGCUUCUGCAAAAUCAGAGCCCAGCGGUAUUUUCCAGGUGAUGUUCUUAAAUGGAUUUCUAUUCCAGAGUAGAGGCCUAUGUCCUACAUGGUGCUUUUUGUACUGUUUUUAAAUUACUAAUUCAGAUUAAAUGCAGUAUAUUUUUUCAAAAAUGGUGUGAAUUGGUGCCUGUUUCUGAAGUCACUGAAAUCCUGCAUUAGUUUUUGAAGAUAUCUUGUUUGAAUUGUGUUUUUUCUUGUAGGAGCUGCUUUGUAUGCAGAGUUGAUCAUCUCAAGCUCUGCCUAUUCCUAGUAAUGGCAAAACAGGGGUAAUAUUAGUUAGGUUUGUUACUGCUUGAAAACUCUCUUAUAUUUAGCUGCUGACCUUUGCAGCUGUACAUCAACACCAGCUUGUUUUUAGCUUAGAAAAAUAAUUUAUGUGUUUGAAAGGUCUUUAUAACAGUGGAUUUAGAUGUGUUUCGCUUUGAUACUUAGUUUGUGACAUAAUGCAGUAUAUCAAGCUGGCUAUAGAGCACCUAGAACUGGAAUGAUUAAUAACUGCAGUAGUGGUAACUGUAUUCAGACAGUUUUGUUACACGAUUGCACUCAUUAUGAACAAAAUAAUCUGAAAAGGUGGUUUAUACCCCGAGUUAAGGAAUGUUAAAUGAAUUUGUGAUGGCACGUGUGGUAUGUACAGAAGGAGAUUCAAUGCGAAGAGUAUGUAUUAAUGUUCUCUUAAGUUUCCUCAGUUCUGCUAUACAGUGCUGUAGAGAAAUAUGGCUAUAUAGACAGGUACGUACAUGUUCAUGCAUAUACACAGAAAAGCCAUAUUUUCCAGUAUAAUGUCUAUUGACUGGGUGUGUAAAGCACGGAUAUGUCAGUGCUUGGCUUUUGCCUGUGAAUAAGUCAUCUAACAGUGUAUCUGCUUGGUUGGAUGCCUGUGAUCAAGAAGAAUGGAGCCCUUCUGUGCCACUCUUAACAAAGAGAUGAAGUUGUUUCCCUGACUGAAGUUUAUAGUAAGUUUUUAAGGAAUGGUGUUGUAAAGAGUGGCUGCUUUUCUGUGAGGUGGAUGGCACGUGUUUCAGGUUUGUGUGACUGCAUACAUACGGUUAUUUCAUAUUUUGUGUAUGUGUAUUUGUGUGUGUACACAUUUGUAACUGAUUUUCCCAAUCAAAACCAAGAUUUAAUGCAGAUUUCUUUUUAUUUUGAAUACAGAAGGACAUUGGAUUGUAAAUACUGGAAAAAAAUAAUUAAAAUAAUUAUCAAUUCAGCACCUCAUUAACAAAGGUGAGAAUAAUGUUGAUUACGUGAGGUCUUCUCUCCGAAGCUCCAUUGGAAUGCAGUAAUUCUGCAGCAGUUUCUCCAGGAGUUCUAUUAUGACAAGCUGAAAAAUGCUUGUUACCGUUAUGAGUAAACUACCUUUUGUCUCCAGAAUGGGAAUGCUGGGAACCUCCUGGGUCUACUGUUUAGAGCAGUGAGAAGGCAGUGUUCAAAACGGUGAAAGCUGAAGAGUAGAAAGAUCUUUGUUGCUUAAAAACAGAUGCUGUUCUUCAGCAGUAGCCUUUGGUUCUUCGGGUCCCUUUGAAUGAGAAGAAAAUGGUUGGGGCGGUUUGCCCUCAAACAAUAUCUCACUGCUGUUCCUACUGCUGAAGCAAAUAAAUGCGAGAAGUACUCUUCUCCUUUGGUACAUGGAUUUCCAGUUAGAUUCUCCCCUCACUUUGCGAUGGAAAAUGUUUGAGGUGCCCCAAUAGUAGUAAAUUUACAGCAGUAUCUCUGAAAGCUUGAGGCAGAGAAGUCACUAAUGUAUGCAGAUGAUGAGACUGUGUUCCUUUGAAAAAUCCGAACAGCAUCUGCCCCAGAAACAUUAAAUGUAAUGUCUGAAUUUGGAGUCAUCUCAGGCGACUGGAAGAAAUAACAAUACCCUUGUCAAAAUGCUUUCCAUCAGUUUUAUUUGCCCUGUGGAAAUUGAAAUGGAAAGUGUAGAAUGUAACAUUCAGGAAUGGAAUUAAAAUAUGUGAUUAAACUGAAUAGUUGAGGGAAAUGUGGGCUAGGUAAUCACGCAAUGAAUAAAGGAAUCCUUGAAAACUGAA